UGGCCCUUGAUAGGAACUUUCACAUUGAAUACUGGUGCUAAGAUUUCUGCCGUCGGGUUGGGACCUGGCAGGCAGCUCCUCACGAGGUCGAGGACGCUAUGGAGAUCGCGCUCAAGGCUGGGUAUAGAUAGACAUCUCGACUGUGCCGCGAUCUAUCGGAAUGAGACCGAAGUCGGCCACGGCAUAAAAAAGAGUGGCGUGGACCGGAAGGAUAUCUUCAUCACGACGAAGCUAUGGAACACCAAGCAUGAUCCGAAGGAUGUCGAGGGUGCACUGGACCAGUCUCUGAAGGAUAUCGGCGUCGAUUACGUAGACCUAUACCUAAUACAUUGGCCCCUGCAACAACACCACAGGAGAACAAGGUGGUUGAUGACCCAAAAGUUCACGAGAUCGCAAAAUCGCUGAGUUUCGACCCUGGUCAACUGCUUGUGAGCUUUGCGGUCCAGCGUGGAACUGUUGCCCUGCCAAAGAGUGUGACGGAGAAGAGGAUCCGGAGUAAUUUUCAAGAUGUGACUCUUCCCGACGAAGUGAUGAAAAGACCGAACGCUCUCGAAAGAAAUAAGAGAUUCAACUUCCCGGGAAGAUGGGGCCAAGAUAUCUUCGACGAGAUCGGAGAGGAAGAAGCACGCAAAUUAGCACAGGAGGCUGCUGCUGGAAAUCUCCAAAAGUUCACCGUCUGA